GGAGGCGGGGCCGGAGGCCUCGCAAGCUGCUUCAAUGUGGGGCACCGGUCGCGCGCUCUUCUUCUAAUCCGAGUGGUGGUCGGCGGGUCCGGGCCUCGUCCCCGUCUCGGCCCGAAAGGGGCCUGUGGCCAGCUCCACGAGCCACCGGCUCGGCCCGCCGCCCCUAUGGCGGCCAUCAAGGCCCUACAAGAGUGGUGCCGGCAGCAGUGCGAGGGCUACCGGGACGUGAGCAUCACCAACAUGACCACCUCUUUCCGCGAUGGCCUGGCCUUCUGCGCUAUCCUGCACCGACACCGGCCUGACCUUAUAAACUUCAGUGCCCUCCGGAAGGAAAACAUUUACGAGAACAACAAGCUGGCCUUCCAAGUGGCUGAGGAACAUCUGGGCAUCCCAGCCCUGCUAGACGCUGAGGACAUGGUGGCCUUGAAGGUUCCAGAUCGGCUGAGCAUCCUCACCUACGUGUCACAGUAUUACAACUACUUCCAUGGCCGGUCCCCAAUUGGGGGCAUGGCUGGUAUGAAGAGACCCUCAUCAGACUCCACUGAAGACCAUUAUGGAAAGAAGGUCCUGAACCAGCCUGCCAAGUUGCCCUCCCCUGCUCCAGCCCAGAGGUCACCACUGUCUCCAGCUAGGACAAACCCCGUGGUUCAGAGGAAUGAGGGUGGCUCAGAGGGGCCAUUCCCAAAGGCUGCUCCAAGAACUGCAGGCAGCUCCGUGAGCAGCAUCUGUGGGGUCUGUGGUAAACACGUUCACCUUGUGCAGCGGCACCUGGCCGACGGGCGGCUCUACCACCGAAGCUGCUUCAGGUGUAAACAGUGUUCCAACACUCUGCAUUCAGGGGCCUACCGGGCCACGGGAGAGCCGGGAGUCUUUGUCUGUACUCAUCACAGCCCAGAAGCCACCUCUCUGAGCCCCAAGUUGUCAAAACUGGCCUCCAGACAGCCGGGGGCUGUUGCUGUAGACACCAGGCCCGUCAGUGCCGCACGGAAGGUUCAGGAGGCAAAUGGACUAGGAGAGGUGCCACCGUCAAGGACCAGGGCAGCAGACUGGGAGCCCGCUGUCGGCAACAAGACUGCCAGAGGCUUUGCCCAGACUGAACUUAACCCUCCAGCCACCUCCCGUGUCCAUGUGGGGAGCCCUGCAGGGUCCAGGCUGCCCACAAGCCCAGUGGCCACUACUUCUUUGAAUGGCAAAGCCAUUACCCAUGUGACUAAUAGCUCCCCGACAGGAUGGCUGUCACCUGCCCAGAGCAGCAGCCCAGCAACCAUUGGCUCCCGUCCUGUUGUGUACCCAAGUGCUCUGGACUCUCACCCAUCUGUGCCCCAAAGCCAGGCAGCUUCAAAAGGUGUCAAGACUCAGCUCAACUUGAGCACAACAUCUCCAAAGACAGCGGCCACCCCAGCCUGGACCCCCGUAGCCUCUAGGACCCAGCAAGCCCGAGAGAAAUUUUUCCAGAAUCCUGCCCCAACCCCAGCCAGCAACAGUCCUGCCAGCAAGGUCUCCCCUGUGGUGAAUACCUCCACCAGCAGCAAGGUCCCCCCUGUGGUGAAUACCUCCACCAGCAGCAAGGUCACCACUAUGGUGACUACCUCCACCAGCAAGGUCUCCCCUGUGGUGAAUACCUCCACCAGCAGCAAGGUCCCCUCUGUGGUGAAUACCUCCACCAGCAGCAAGGUCCCCUCUGUGGUGAAUACCUCCACCAGUAAGGUCUCCCCUGUGGUGAAUACCUCCACCAGUAAGGUCUCCCCUGUGGUGAAUACCUCCACCAGCAGCAAGGUCACCACUAUGGUGAAUACCUCCACCAGCAAGGUCUCCCCUGUGGUGAAUACCUCCACCAGCAGCAAGGUCCCCCCUGUGGUGAAUACCUCCACCAGCAGCAAGGUCACCACUAUGGUGACUACCUCUACCAGCAGCAAGGUCUCCCCCGUGGUGAAUACCUCCACCAACAGCAAGGUCACCACUGUGGUGAAUGCCCCCACUGGUAGGGUCUCCCCUAUGGUGAAUACCUCCAGCAGCAAGGUCUCCACUGUGGUAAUUGCCCCCAUCAGCGGGGUGUCUACUAUGGUGAGAGCCACUGAUGGCAGGGUCCCCCCUGUGGUGAAUGCCCCCACCAGCAAGGUCCCCACUGUGAUGAAUGCCCCCACUGGUAGUGUCCCUGUUGUGGUGACUGUCCCUGCCAACAAGGUCUCUGCUGCUGUGGAUACUCCUGCCCAGGAGAGCAGCCGAGAGCAAGCGCUAAGUGUUCUUCGGAAGGCCCUGCCGGGGCUGACGGGAGCUGGUACCCAGGCUCCCAGCAGGUCCUCCCCAGCCACUGCCUCUGUGACAAUCACCCUUCCCAAGAAUGAAGUGCCACAAAAAGCUCCCUCAGCCAGGCUAUCACAUUCAACUGUUCCCCGGGCCCCUGCUUCAAAGAUGGAGCCUACAGUCCCCCUGAGUGUGGACAAUACCCAGACUGGCAGCAAGAGCCUGGGUACAUCUCCAGGGGCUGGGAAGACCAGUGCUGGCUCCAGGCCACAGGCAGAGAUGGCGGUAGUGAAGGGUCCAGGUUCCACCUCUCAGGAAGGCCAGGAGGAAGGGCCAGAAGGAUGGAGGGCCCGCCUGAAGCCGGUGGAUAAGAAAAAUGCUGCUGGGAGGACUCUGGGGCAAAAAGAAGUCCUGGCAGAGCCAAAGACAGGGGACACUCCCAGGAAAGCCUCCAGCAGCUCCGACCCCAGCAUUCAUGUCAUCUUGACUCCCGUGCAACAUAAGAGGACACCACACCCGGCUGGUUCUGGGCCCAGCCUCCCAGCUCCCUCUCCUUCUCUGUCACAACGUAAGAAACUUGCUGUGCCUCCCAGCCUUGAUGUUUCUGCUGACUGGCUCCAGCCAGAGCUCAAGAAGCAGGAACCUCAGGCCAAGAACCAGAAGGAGGAGGAGAAGACAUCCACCUGGGGGACAAGAGAGAGGCCUGCAGUCCUGGACAGUGGCCUUGCUUCACAUGGUGAGAGCAUGACCUCUCCAAUCAGGCUGCACCCCAACUACAUCCCUCAGGAGGAGCUGCAGAGGCAGCUGCAGGACAUUGAGAGUCAGCUAGAUGCCCUGGAGCUCAGGGGUAUAGAGCUGGAGAAGCAGCUGCGGGCAGCUGAGGGAGAUGCUACGGAGGAUAGUCUUAUGGUGGACUGGUUCCUGCUUAUUCGUGAGAAGCAAUUGCUGCUCAGGCUCGAAUCGGAACUCAUGUACAAGUCCAAGGACCAGCGCCUGGAGGAGCGGCAACUGGACCUCCAGGAUGAGCUGCGGAGGCUGAUGGACAAGCCGGAGGGUCUGAAGUCCCCCCGGGACCGCCAGCGGGAACAGGAGCUGCUGAGUCAAUAUGUGAACACUGUGAAUGACCGCAGUGACAUCGUUGACUUCCUGGAUGAGGAUCGGCUCCGGGAACAAGAAGAGGACCAAAUGCUGGAGAACAUGAUCCAGAACCUGGGCCUCCAGAAGAAGAAGUCCAAGUUCAGCUUUUCCAAGAUCUGGUCCUCAAAGAGCAAAGGCGGGCAGACCUGAGCUGCCCAUGGCUGACACCAGGGCCCUGGCCCUUCUCAGGAAGAGACUGGUGCUGUGACCCCAGAUGGGAUGUUUGGGGGCUGUGCUUCCCACUCUGCAUCCUUGUAUUCUCAAUAAAGACAUACCCUCCCA